AUGCUGCGGAAGAAUUAUGAAAACUUUGUGCUGCUGAAGCACAAGCAGGCUCUCGUGACUCCAGGGCCAAAGAAGGCGAAGGACUUUCCGAGGGGCCUCAUUGUGGCCUACCCUUCGGGCCACAUAAUAUCUGCUGCUACUCGGCAGCACUUUGUGGGUUUGGCGCCCCCCGAGGGUUUCCGCGGCGGGGCCCCGAAGCAGCAGCAGCCGCAGCAGCAGCAGCAGCAGCAGCAGCAGCAGCGGCUGCGGCGGAAGCUGCGCUCCCACGAGACGGAGCCCUCCUGCGCCGCCAACGGCAGCACUCGCUUUUUGAGUCUUUUGUGUCGCGCAGAUCUUUCGGGAACUUUUUUGAAAAACUUUUCUUCCGAAAUCUUUUUGGAAGAGUUCCACGAUUACAUAAAGCUGCAUCUGCAGCACUGGGCGGUGGUGUACGACCCGGAG